AUGGCCGGUUACCAUAGCGAUUCGAGGGAGGAUUCGCCAACGAGGAAGAUAGGGAGAGGGAAGAUCGAGAUCAAGCGGAUCGAGAACACAACUAACAGGCAGGUCACUUUCUGCAAGAGGAGGAGUGGUCUGCUGAAGAAGGCAUAUGAACUGUCUGUGCUUUGUGAUGCCGAGGUUGCUCUUAUUGUCUUCUCCAGCCGUGGCCGCCUCUAUGAGUAUUCCAACAACAGUGUUAAAGCCACAAUUGAAAGGUACAAGAAGGCCAAUUCAGACGCUACAAACACUGGAUCUGUUGCUGAGGCCAAUGCUCAGUACUACCAACAAGAAGCCGCCAAACUGCGGCAGCAAAUUGGCAACUUGCUUAACGCAAACAGACACAUGCUUGGUGAGUCACUUGGAGGCCUGAAUGCCAAGGAGCUCAAGAACUUGGAGAGCAAACUAGAGAAAGGAAUCAGCAGAAUCCGUUCCAAAAAGAAUGAGCUGCUAUUCGCAGAGAUAGAGUAUAUGCAGAAAAGGGAAAUUGAUUUGCACAACAAUAACCAGCUUCUUCGUACAAAGAUUGCUGAGAAUGAAAGGAAGCAGCAGAGCAUGAGCUUGAUGCCAGGAGGGAGUAGCAGCUACGAGAUCGUGCAGCCUCACCAGCAGUUCGACUCUCGAAACUACUUCCAAGUCAAUGCUUUACAGCCCACCAACCAUUACCCUCAACAAGACCACAUUGCACUUCAGUUGGUGUAA